GUGCGGCACCGUGUGACAGGUGACGUCAUGGUGCUCAAGAUGAACAAACUGCUCAGCAACCGGCACAAUAUGCUGAGGGAGGUCGAGCUCAUGAACAGACUCCAUCACCCGAAUAUCUUAAGCUAUUACGGUGUUUGCGUGAAUGAAGGACAAGUUCAUGCUUUAACAGAGUACAUCAACGGCGGUUCCCUCGACGCCCUCAUCGGGAACCACGCCGUCCUGCUGUCGUGGGCGACCCGCGUGUCCCUGGCGCUGGACGUGGCUCGCGGGAUGGCGUAUCUGCACUCCAAGGGCGUCUUCCAUAGAGAUCUCACUUCCAAGAAUGUGCUCAUCAAGCACACAGAGGAGGGUGGAGAACACAAGUUAACAGCUGUUAUCGCGGACUUCGGUUUGGCUGCCCCGAUUCCACACGAAAAGUUUGUAGUUUUUGUGAUUUUUGUUGUGUGGGGUUGGAAAUAUGUGACUUGUGAUCUAUUGUUGUUAUUAGCGUGGUGGCGUCUCCGUCAGGGUGGGGUUUGGCGUACGGUGGUGAGGCGCCACGGAAGGUCAUCGCGGCGACUGGUAGCGACACCGGUCGACGUCUUCAGCUUCCGGAACGUAUGCGAGCUGAUUGCGAGAUGCGACGCCGACCCCGACAUCCUGCCGAGGACACACAACUUCGGGGUGCAUUACUUGGACUUCUACCAGAUGUGCCAACAAGACUGCCCGGCGGCCUUCCUGCAGAUGGCCUUCCUCUGCUGCCAGAUUGACCCAGCAUCCCGUCCGACCUUUGAAGAGCUGACCACGAAGUUAGAAUCUCUCCUGCAUCAGCUGAGCACGCCGCCGCAUCGCCACCUGCCCAGGAAGAUCAAAGUCUGUCACCGGCGAUCCCUGUCCGACGACACAUUCCUCUUGCUGCGCAACCAAAUGCUGGAGGCGGGCUGCCUGUCGAGCAGCCCCGGGGCCGCCCACCCGGUCACCACGCUGGCCGACUCCACGCCCGUGACGCCGCAGGAGAUCGUGGAGAAGAUGAGCGCGGCGGACCCCUACUUCCAGCCUUCCACAGGAACCGUGAACCCCUUCGCACAGCUGAAGCUCCCCGCGAGGUCCCAACUGGUGCUCCAGGAGGGCGGCCGCUACUGCCACUCCCUCCCGGACUCGCCCGGCCUCCUGGCCCACUCGUCCUGCCUGGAGACCAACAAGCACCUGCACACGUCGGACUCCUGCCUCUGCCCUCACUCGACGAAUGCUCAUUGCCAGUGCCAUGUUAGCCAUAGACAGUUCUCGUCACAAGUGGACAACAACAGAAAACAUUGCCAGUGUGUGCACAGUGGGAAAGUGUUGAAAGUGUGCGACAAAGACGUGACGGACUACAAGUGUAGGUUUAGUAGACUUGCCAGUGCAGAAGGCAGCCCGCCGGUGUGGCAGCACGACCUGUGCAGGACGCCCUGCCACGUGGAGGAGGACGGGCCGGCCAGCAGCAGCCCCAGGUCGGACGUCGGGAGCGGAGGCGAGGGAGGAGGCACAGUACUACAGAGCAACCACCUGGGGGGCCCCGUGCGGCGCCGCGGCUCGGGCGAGAGCGGGUUUUUUAGCGUCGGGGACGUGGAGCGCAUAGGCACGCCCGAGCUGUGCCUCUCCUACUCGGAGCUGAGCACGGCCUCGCUCAUCUCCACCGAGGACGACGACCAGGGGCACCACUGCCUGGUGCAAAGGUCCUCCUCCGUGGUGACCGACAGCUCCGAGGACCUCUCGAGUCUCGGCUGCUGCCACGACCCCCAGCACUCGUGCGACCUCUCCUCCCUCUGCGAGAGCGAGGACAUCAUCCCGGGCAGCCGCCUGUCGGACCACGAGGUCGACACCGACAUCCGUCAGAUCGUGGACUUCUUCGAGAGGAACAUCGGGUCGGGCACGGGGUCCGACGGCCCGAGGCGCUCCUCGUCCCGAGUGCGCCGCCAGGGAUGCUUGGUGCCGCUGCUAACCCACAAGUUCAGUUCUCUCCACACUGGCCAUCGCUUGAUAAGCAUAUCAAGCACGCCCUGCCCAGUGCAUAAUAACAACGGAGCCUCGACUCCCUGCAAUAAGUCAUUCAGCACCAAAGAUUGUGCAAUACCAAAGUCCUGUCGCCAGCCGUGCUCGAGGCCCGAGCGCCGCGACACCUUUCGAGUGAAGGACAGACCAAAAGUGUACAUUACAGAGGGUACCGUCCGUGCAAAGCGCGAUAUAUUUGAAGCUAAGUGAGCCAAGUGAAAUAUAUUUUCUUUAUGUGAAAAUAGAUAUAAUGUAAAUUGUUGAUAUUUUUGUUCUUCCUAGUCACAAGCUGAAGUGUUUUGUGAUAUUGAACUAACAGUUUUCUCUUCCUUUGUCUUUAGAUGAUGUCAAAUAAAACAAAAACCGA